CUUCAGCCAUUGAAAUAAAGCUGGGAGAUCGGAAGAGUGGGCAGAUUAGAACAGAAGGAUUGGGAAUGUGAAAGAAAGACAGACGCAAGGUGUUCGCAGAGCAAUUGGCGAUUUUUUUUUGGAAGUUUAUAAAGGGGAGAAUAGACCAAAGAAGAUUUUUUUCUCACUCCGAAAAGAACCCCCCCCAAAAUGCUUUGCCAUGUUACGAGGCCGGACUCGGUGGUAAUGGAGGUGGAGGUGGACGCGAAAGCAAAUGGAGAGGAAUGCUUAAAUAAGGUUUGUCGGAAGUUGGGAAUCAUAGAAGUGGAUUACUUUGGACUCCAGUUCACUGGCAACAAAGGAGAAAGUUUAUGGCUGAACCUUAGAAACAGGAUCUCCCAGCAGAUGGACAACUUGACUCCUUGCAGGCUGAAGCUUCGGGUCAAAUUUUUUGUUGAGCCCCAUCUUAUUUUACAAGAGCAGACCAGGCAUUUGUACUUCAUGCACAUAAAGGAUGACCUCCAUGAUGGUCGUUUGCGCAGCUCCCCUGAGCAGGCAGAAGAGCUCAGUGCACUUGUGGCUCAAACAGAAUUUGGAGACUACAAUCAGAACACUGCAAAAUACAUUUAUAAAGAACUCUGUGGCGAGGAACCCAGUCCAGCCAUACUUAGCAGCAUUAUUGCAAAGCACAAAGCACUAACGGGCAUGAAUACCGCAUCGGCAGAGUACCAGGUCCUACAGAACAUCUCCACGCUGGAAAAUUAUGGUGUGGAGUGGCACUACGCAAGAAAUGGAGAAGGACAGAAACUGGUCAUUGGCGUUGGCCCAGAAGGGAUAUCUGUCUGCAAAGAAGACUUCACUCCUCUUAAUAGAAUUCCUUACCCAGUAAUUCAAAUAGCCACCCAGUCUAGUAAAAACGUCUACUUGACUGUUAAAAAGGAAACGAACAGCAGUAUUGUGCUGCUCUUCAAGCUGGUCAGCACACGGGCAGCCAGUGGAUUCUACAGAGCAAUAACUGAAACUCACGCCUUCUACAGGUGUGACACUGUAACAAAUGCAGUCAUGAUGCAGUAUAGCCGGGACUUCAAAGGACACUUGGCAUCAUUGUUUCUCAAUGAGAACAUAAACCUGGGUAAAAAAUAUGUGUUUGACAUCAAACGCACCUCCAAGGAAGUUUAUGAUCACGCUCGUAGAGCCUUGUACAAUGCCGGCAUUGUGGACUUGAUGUCUCGCAGCUCUCCAGACUCCCCGCUCAAGUCAUCAGAGAGCCAUUUAAACUGUACCAGCUGCCCUGGUCUGAGCUGUCAACAGAGUAAAGCACUACAAGAAAGGCUACAGAAGCUGAAGGAGGCCAUGAUCUGUGUGAUAUGCUGCGAAGAGGACAUUAACUCGGCUUUCUGUCCGUGUGGACAUAUGGUCUGCUGUCAGCCCUGCGCUUCUCGGUUACAGUCAUGUCCAGUCUGCCGCUCGGAAGUGGAUCACGUUCAGCAUGUCUACUUACCAGCUUGCCACAGUCUCCUGAACCUCACUGUAAUGUGAGCCACUGUGUUGCUCAGUACUGAAUGACAACUUCAUGUAAAGGGAGGUGACAGCAGUGCAAAAAAAAAAAAAAGUAUUAUGUUAGACAUAAGCAAUCAUUCCUGUGUUUUCUUCAGGCAAAAAUUAUCACUCCAUUCCCCUGAGUAGAGGGGAGGUGGUAGGUUUAUUAAGGACUUUUGAAAGCCAAUGAAAAUGUUUGUUUUUAUUUGAGAAUUUUGAAUCAGUUGAGCUGAUUAGUGUUCAAAUUUAUAUGUUGGGUUUUGGUUUUGUUUUCUUUCUUUCCAAGCUAAAGUUGUUUUGAAGUUUAUUUUAUUCAUGUUUUAUCAGGCUUGGUAGAUAUUUUUUUUUAUUCCUUUUACAUGUUAAGUUAAAUAUAUUUUAUACUUUUUUUCUUUUUAAAUUGCUUUAUCUUGAUGCCAAAGCCAGGUGAUACUGACAAACCUGGUACAACACCAUUAAAAUCUGAGUUUUUUUUUUUUUUUUUUGCAGGUCUGUAUACAUAUUAUACUAAAUCUUGAGUGGAUUAGAAAUUUCCACUAUUGCAUUUUUCUUAUACUUGGCAA